AGCGUAAUAACGCCUCCUGAUAUCGAUAUCGAUAUCAUAUCAUAAAAAACAAUAAACCAAAAAAAAACGCUAAAAACUAUUAGUUUGUCUGCCAGAAAAACGGGACUAGCAGCUGGACGUAGCCAAGUUGCCACAUCAAGUGACCGACACCAGACACCACAACACCCAGCUCCACCAUGGACAUCAUGGAUAUCCAGGCCGUAGAGUCAAAGCUGAGUGACGUCACGGUGACACCGAUACCGCGCAGCCAAGUGCAGAAUUUCUACAAUUACCAGCAGCAGCGGGAGCAGCGCGAGCAGCAGCCCCAGAUCCAGAUAUCGGCCAUCCACCACUCGCGCGGAUCCGGUGGCGGAGGAGGCGGAUCCAAUUCAUCCAACGCGGCCACGGACUACUCCACGAGCAGCGGUGGCAAGCGGGAGCGGGAGCGCUCCUCCGCCAGCGACUACAGCAGCUCGUCCAGCAAACAGAGCUCCGCCGCAGCGGCCAAUGCAGCAGCAGCUGCCGCCGCCGUCGCUGCCCUCCAGUACUCCCCGCAGUUCCUCCAGGCCCAGCUGGCCCUGCUCCAGCAGCAAUCGAACACAACGGCCACGCCGGCCGCAGCCGCAGCUGCGGCCCUCUCCCUGGCCAACAUGUGCUCCAGCAAUGGCGGACAGAGAAACACCGGCUCCGGUGGCGGCGUCUCCUCCAACGCCAGCAAUGGCCAGAGCAUGGGCCUCAACCUAAGCUCGUCGCAGCUGAAGUACCCACCACCCUCCACCUCGCCCGUGGUGGUGACCACCCAAACUUCGGCCAACAUCACUACACCACUGACCUCCACGGCCAGCCUGCCCUCUGUGGGACCGGGCAAUGGGCUGACCAAGUACGCCCAGCUGCUGGCAGUCAUCGAGGAAAUGGGACGCGACAUUCGGCCCACGUACACGGGCUCGCGCAGCUCCACGGAGCGGCUCAAGCGAGGCAUUGUCCAUGCCCGCAUCCUGGUGCGCGAAUGCCUCAUGGAGACGGAGCGAGCGGCGCGCCAAUGAGAGGAGGAGUCACUGGUGCCGCAGCUAACGACGCCGGAUUGAAAUGGACCAGGAGGUGAGGGUGAUCCUCAUCUAGCAACUAGGUUAAUUCCCCCCAACAAAAAACACGGACAGAAUGGGUCGAACUCGUAAUCUUUGCACAGUUGUGAGCCAAUUCCGCUUGAAUAUCAUAGGAAUAAUUUAGUUUUAAAGCUUUUCGAAGGUUUUAACUCAAGACAAGAAAGUGCUUAAGAAGAGCCUUAAACGUAAGUUCGAAUUUGUUGAUAGGCGAAAAAGAAAGUUCUUCAAUUUUCAUGCUCAGAACGCUCCAAAGAUUGCCCAAAGCCUACGCAAAGAUCCAUCCUGUCCGCAUAUAAGCAUAAAAGAGUAGCAAUUUGUAAUAGCUUGUAAGCCCCCAUCAACUUAAUGGCCCUCGGGCCGCCGGACCAUAGUUAAAGAAUGUUUAGACUAGCUCAGGUUACAAUCGGUUAAAUCGUCAAUCGUCUGGCCAAUCACCAGAUCGGUCAAAAAAACCUAAUCGAUUACCGAAACAAAUACGAGAAAAUUAGGCUCUCGUAGUA